AUGGAGAAAUGGGAGUGCGAUUUCGACCGAGAAAUACGUGAGAAUAAUGAGAUGCGGGAAUUUCUUGAAAAUGCUCAGAUAAUAAAGAACUCACCUCUCGAUCCGCGCGACGCAUUUUUCGGUGGCCGAACGGGGAAUAUAGCAACCCGAUGCGAUGUUGCGGGAACGGAGAAAAUACGCUACAUAGACGUAUGCUCUCUGUAUCCCUAUGUACUGAAAACGGGUACUUUUCCGAUCGGUCACUCAAAGAUCUACAUCGGAGAGGAAUGUUCCGAGUUAAUCGGCGUAUUUCCGGAUUUCGAUUUCAACUCGCUCGAAGGAUUCAUUCGUUGUAAAGUACUCCCUCCGCGCGAUCUCUUUCAUCCGGUACUCCCGUAUCGCGUACGCGGCAAAUUGUUGUUCGCGCUGUGCCGGAGUUGCUGCGAAACGUUCUCGCAAGCUGAGUGUACUCACAGUCUCGCCGAGCGUGAAUUCGAGGGUACCUGGGUAUCCUGUGAAUUACGCAAAGUCGUCAAGAAAGGUUAUCGCGUGUCGGAAGUGAGAGAAAUUUGGCAAUACAAGGUCACGCGAUAUGAUCCCGAUACGCGGCAGGGUGGAUUGUUUACCGGAUAUAUCAAUAGUUUUUUGCAAUUGAAGCAGGAAGCUAGCGGAUGGCCGAACGAAUGCGUGGAUGACGAAGCUAAGGAGCGAUAUCUUCGCGAAUACGAGGAAACCGAGGGUAUCGUUCUCGAUAAAAAUAACAUCGCUCGAAAUCCAGGUCUACGUUCGGUUGCAAAGCUCUGCUUAAAUUCCUUUUGGGGAAAAUUCGGUCAACGAUCCAAUUUGCCUAACACCGAGAUCGUGAAAAAUUACCAGCGAUUGGCAGCUUUGCUCACGAGUCCAGAACACGGAAUAACCGAUAUAUUACCCGUCGACGACGAGGUAAUAUAUGUCUCGUGGAGAUUGCGAGAAGAAGCGGUCGUAGCUUCUCCGCAGACAAACGUCGUGAUCGCGGCAUUCACGACGGCACUGGCGCGACUGAAAUUAUACGAACAUUUAGAAUUAUUGAAUAGGCGAGUAUUGUAUUAUGAUGCAGAUUCCUGUAUAUAUAUAUAA